UCUCCGUCAUUGACUGAUUUUUUAUAACAGUGAUGGAAAAAUCUGAAGGCCGUCCGUCAUUUUGACGAAUUACAAUGAGGGCAGUUUGCAGUUCAUUUUGGAUAAACCUUAACUUUCAGUGAGUGGAAAAAGAGUCUCCCUGCGUCUUCUCCUUUCAUGACCUAACAGCAGUUUAAAGUCCCUACCCUUUUCAGCCACGUAAAGGACACUAAAAAACACUCAUCAUUUGAUUCGCCUCCUGACUGACCAAAGAUGAAUCUGAACAUCUUCAUUAUCCUCCUUUUUACUCUUUUCGCUGGAGGACACUCGCUCAAAUGUUAUGAGUGAACAAGUACGACAGGUUCUUGUGUAAGUGUACAGGCGACAUGUCCGGAGAAUUCUACAACCUGUGCAAGUGCAAAAACGGUCGCAACUAUCGGUCGGCGGUAUCUAUGCAGUGCUGUAACACAGAACUCUGUAAUAGCCAAGAAGUCCCAGAUGCCAGCUCUAGCAGCCCCAAUGGAAAACAAUGUUACUAUUGUGACGGGAUCAGUUGCCUAAACAGAUUGAACUGUUUAGGAACUGAAGACUACUGCAUUAAAGCAAAAGCAAAUAUUACGUCUCUGCCAUCGACUGUAAAAGGAUGCGUCUCUAAAUCUCUCUGUGACGCAGCUUCACAACUGCCUCAAGGUUUAGUGGACUUCUCAUGCUGUCAGGGGAAUCUGUGUAACAGUGCUACGAGCAUCACUACGAGUCUCCUCUUUUUCUUUUGGCCAUUCAUCUGCUACAUCAUGCUUCACUAAUUUCAGCAGAACUUCACACCCUACAACAUGAAAUGUCAAUAUGACGUUUUUAAAUCUUGUGAUGAGCAGAAUAAAAAAGAAGUUUUUUUUUAACAUGUAGCAAAUGGCAUAUACUUGUAUUAUAUUUCACAUAUUUUGGAAUCGAAGACAACCUUUACUCAAAAUAGCUUGAAUUUUCCUUGCGUUAUCUUUGAUGCUGUUAGGAAAAAAUGAUACUGGGCUGUUUAUGUAUCAACAACACAUACUGAAAAAAGUUGAACAAGUUUUAUAACCAUAAUUAGUGUUAUUAACCAGCAGGUGGCAGCAAAGCCUUGUUGGUAUAGUAGAGAAAGAAGACCUGAUAUUCUACUUUUCCCAAUUUACUCCAAUUUACUAUUUUAGAUUCUGGCCAGUGGUUAGCUGAAAACAAAACUUAGAAAAUAAGUUGAAAUUGCUUACAAAAUUGAAAUGACUUUUAAAGCCUAGUUGAUUGUGCAUAACAAUUUAAUGCAGCACAGAAUUUUUUGCAGCGAGUAUUGUAAGGAAAUGAUGAACGAACUUCAUUUUUGAGUAAACAAUCCAUUUAACUUUUGAAAACACACACUCACAGCUCAAUAUUAGAUCAUUCACAUAACUUGCAUGAUCUUUUGUGCUUCAUGGAAUAUUUCUGAGAUUUUUCUUUAUGUAAAAAACAUACAUCUGCAUUUGCUUAACAAUCCCCUAACUAUCAAUUGUCUAACGUUUAUACAAUACAUUAAAAAAAUCUUCUAUGUUGUUCAUGUUUCCUUGCUUAGACACAGCUUUCUUGUUUGUUGCCACUGAAGUGGUUUGAAUAAAAGUGUCUGCAAAAUGAAUAAUUGUAAGAGAAAUGUAAUAAAGAAUUUGUUUUUUG